AUGGAGAUACGACCUCCAAUUCUGUCGUGCGGCGAGGCGCGUGGCGCAGGUGGCGCGGGAGGGGCGGGCAGCGCAGGCCGCGCUAGGCGCUAUGUGGGGCUGUACACAGGCCCGUACUUUGACCCGGCGGCGCCGAACAAUGUGACAGCACAGCUGGGCACGCAUGCCUACCUGCCCUGCAAGGUGCGCCAGCUUAGCAACAAAUCAGUCUCGUGGAUCCGCCGCCGUGACGCACACAUCCUCACCGUCGACCGAUUCACAUUCAUCGCCGAUGAGCGCUUCCAGGCUUUCCUCGUCGAGGCCACAGACACAUGGACGCUGCAAGUCAAGUACGUGCAGCCGCGCGACGCUGGCCUCUACGAGUGCCAGGUCGGGACCGAGCCAAAGAUGAGCCACUUCGUGCAGCUCAACGUUGUGGUGCCUAAGAUUGAAAUCGCAGGCGAGAGCGAGAUCUACGUGAAGGCGGGAAGCACGGUCAGCCUCAAGUGCGUAAUCACGCAGGCGCUGGAGGAGCCCGCCUAUAUAUUCUGGUACCACAACGAUCAGCGAGUGCUGAACUACCGGCGCGGUCUUCGCGAUAUCCGGGUAGAGCGGUUGGGACCCGACACCACCGUAGGUCACCUCGUCCUACACCAUCCAGUGCGCGAAGACUCCGGCAACUACUCCUGCGCACCAUCCAACCUUGACUCAGCUUCCGUCGUACUCCAUGUGCUUAGUGGUGAGCAACCAGCCGCUAUGCAGCACGGUAAUGCAGCGCGGCCCGCUGCACCCAAUGCCGCACUAUUGACUUUAGGUGCACUCACCGCACUAUGGGGCAUGUCACUGGCUCCACGAGUUCCAUCACGGGGUGAUCCAGGCCGGGGUGUAGUAGUAUUGCUAGCUCCAUUCAUUCCGCUUUUCCGUCUGCUCGCCUUCGUGAUGUCUAUAUUGAUCCUGUGUCACGACGAGGAUGAUCCCCAAUAG